UCCCGGAAGUGCCGCUAAGUAAACGGUGGGGGCGUGUCCCCCAGACAAACCCGCGUGGAGUUCCCGGAGGAACGCGGGAAGUGGGGGCCAGGCGGGGCUAUAUCCACUGUCAAGGUUGCUUUAUUUCCCUAGCAAGCCGGGACCCUGUCCGAGGCCCAAAACGUGAGGCCGAUUGGGUCUCCGGCGCGACGCCAUGGAAGUAGUGGAGGCCGCCGCUGCUCAGCUGGAGACUCUGAAAUUCAAUGGCACCGGCUUGGGGGUUGGUCAAGGUCAGACCGUGCAGUCACCGAGCUCCGUUCCUGUCCCAGCGCCACCGCCUUUACUACAGUCGGAUGAGGGGUCCGCAGACACUGAGAAGGCCGUGGAGACUCAGCUAGCCAGGGAGCAGCUGCCUGAACUCGUGCUGAGCACUGGCGUCGGCGGGAAUCCGGCGCCGCAGCUGAGGCCAGAACCGCCAUCUGGAGGGAGCUGCGUCACUGGCGCCAGCGCUGCAGCACUGGCAAGAACACCAGACUCCUUGGAGACUUCAGACUCGGAUUCAGACUCGGACAGUGAUACAGAUUCAGAUAGUUCAAGCUCCUCCUCUUCCUCAUCAUUUUCCUCAUCUUCCUCUUCCUCUCGGAUAUCACUUCCUCCAGUGCUGUCGGAUGGAGAAGAUGAUUUACAAGUUGAGAAGGAAAAUAAGAAUUUUCCUCUUAAAACAAAAGAUGAGUUACUUCUUAAUGAACUACCUUCAGUUGAAGAGCUCACUAUUAUUCUUCCUGGAGAUACUGAAUUAAAGCCUCUUGGGAUGGUUUCAAGUAUUAUUGAACAAUUAGUAAUAAUUGAAUCUGUGACUAACCUACCUCCAUUAAAUGAGGAGACUAUAAUUUUUAAAAGCGAUCGACAGGCAGCAGGAAAGAUAUUUGAGAUAUUUGGACCUGUUGCACAUCCAUUUUAUGUGUUACGGUUUAAUUCUUCAGAACACAUUGAGAGUAAAGGUAUUAAAAUAAAGGACACUAUGUAUUUUGCUCCAUCAAUGAAAGACUUCACCCAGUAUAUAUUCACAGAAAAACUUAAACAGGAUAGGGGAUCGGAUGCAUCAUGGAAGAAUGAUCAGGAACCACCACUUGAUGCCUUAGAUUUCAGUGAUGACGAAAAGGAAAAAGAAGCUAGACAGAGGAAAAAAACUCAGAUUCAAGGCCGGAAAAAGUUCAAAUCUGAAUUUAAUGAAUCAGGUGAAAAUUUCGCAGAAGUACAUCAGAAUUGGAAUGCCCAUGGCGCUGCUUCAGAGCAUUCAAAAGGCUAUCGCAACAGAGAAUUCACACGAGGAUUUCCCCGGGGCGGGCAUCCUCGCCGGUUCCGCGGCAGGCCCCCUCCGCCACAGUUCUAUAAUUCAGAACAUGGGUCUCUGGAGACGUCAGGGUUUCCGCCUCAGAGACAAGAUAAUCUCGUCGUGCCGCAGUAUCCCUUUCCUCCGCCAGUGUUCGACAUGCAUAAUUUUUCACUUCCUCCUCCACUGCCACCUCCACCUCCACCACCACCUUCUGUAAACAUGGGUUGGGCAGUACCUAACAUGGCACCUCAUCCACUACUUCCCAUGCCAUACUCCUUACCCCCACCUCCUCCCCCUCCGCCCCUGCCUCCCCCCACCUCUUCUGGAGAUAGUAAUUCUUCUCAUUUUGGAUCUUACUAUUAGGUGAAUGUAUGCAUUUCCAGAGAAAUGUGGACUUUUUAUACUGUGUGAGGAUUUUUUUUUUUAAUAUGAGAAGAAUUUUUUUCUUUAAAGGAAGUAAUUAUGGAGUUAGAUUUUUACAAUAUUGAGAAAUAGUAAAUACUUCCUUUAGUUGUAAGUUGAUAUAUAUUUGUAACCUUUGUGAAAUUGUAUCCAUAUGAAAGUUUCACUUUAAAUUUGUGGUGAGAAAAUCCAGUUAUGUAACAUUUAAUUAAAACUUUGAAUCCAUGCUUUUGCCAUCCCUUCUCUAUUAAGCAAUAUGUAUAGGUUUAAUAGUAGAUCUGAAGCAACUUUCAUCAUGUAUUAAAAUAUAUUGAAUAUAUUGA